AUCAGUCAAGGCCAUAACAUGGACGUUUUCUUCCUAAUAAAGACCUUAUCUUCUCUGCGCUUUCUCUUUCUCUCUCUCCAGCAAAUCUAAGCUCCUCCAUGUCCCUUCAGAUCUGAACCCUUCCUCCACUCCUGCACUAGCUCCGAGCAGACCCCGGAAUCUUCUGGCUUACUUCUUCCCCGCACAAUGGCGUACUCGUUCCCGGAGGAAGUGCUGGAGCACGUGUUCUCCUUCCUCAGCUCCGACAAGGACCGCAACUCCGUCUCGCUGGUGUGUAAGUCGUGGUAUGAGAUCGAGAGGUGGUGCCGGCGGAGGAUCUUUGUCGGCAACUGCUACGCGGUGAGUCCGAAUAUCAUGGUCCGCCGCUUCCCGGAGGUCCGGCUGGUGGAGCUCAAGGGGAAGCCUCAUUUCGCGGAUUUCAAUCUGGUUCCCAAGGGCUGGGGCGGCUCCGUCCUCCCCUGGAUUGUGUCAAUGUCUCGAGCGUACCCUUGGAUCGAGGAAAUCAGGCUCAAGCGGAUGGUCGUCACCGACGAGGCUCUGGAGCUGAUCUCGAAGUCGUUUAAGAACUUUAAGGUCCUCGUGUUGGCGAUAUGUGAGGGGUUCACUACUGAUGGACUCUCUGCCAUUGCGGGUAAUUGCAGGAGUCUGAAAGAACUAAGCCUGCGAGAGUGUGAAAUGGAUGACCUGAGUGGGCAAUGGCUUAACCAUUUUCCUGAGAACUCAACUUCACUAGUCUCUCUUGACAUAACUUGCUUGGGAUGUGAAGUGAGCUUCUCGGGUUUGGAGCGUCUGGUUUCUCGUUGUCCAAACUUAAGCACACUUCGCCUUAACCGUGCUUUUCCACUAGAGAAGCUCCCGAACCUUCUUCGCCGCGCUCCCCAGUUGGUUGAGUUGGGGACAGGGGCCUUCUCCGGUGAGGUCCGGUCUGAUGCCUUUUCCCACCUGACAAAUGCUUUUUCUGGCUGUAAGAGACUUAAGGGUUUAUCUGGGUUCUGGGAUGUGGCUCCAGCUUACCUUCCGGCCAUAUAUUCAGCCUGUAAUGGAAUUACAUCUUUGAAUUUAAGCUAUGCUACUAUUCAGAGCCCGGAUCUUGUGAAGUUUGUUAGCCAGUGCCACAAAUUGCAAAAGCUAUGGGUUCUGGAUUUCAUUGAAGAUUUUGGUUUACAGACAGUGGCUGCAUCUUGUAAGGAUCUUCAAGAACUUAGGGUUUUCCCAUCGGAUCCUUUUGUGGUGGAUCCUGAUAUCAUUUUGACAGAGGAAGGUCUUGUGGCUGUCUCGGAGGGCUGCCCGAAACUUCAGUCUGUAUUAUACUUCUGCAGACAAAUGACAAACACAGCAUUGGCUACUAUUGCCCGGAACCGCCCGAAUCUGGUCCGAUUCCGCCUCUGCAUUAUCGAGCCUCGAGCUCCCGAUUACCUAACCUUUGAACCACUCGAUUCCGGCUUUGGGGCCAUUGUAGAAAACUGCAAAGAAUUGAGACGGCUUUCCCUAUCCGGCCUUCUCACUAACCGAGUUUUUAAAUCGAUCGGGAUCCAUGCUAAGAAACUAGAAAUGCUCUCCAUCGCUUUUGCCGGGGAGAAUGAUCUUGGCCUUCACUACGUGUUAUCCGGAUGUGACAGUCUUCGGAAGCUUGAGAUUAGGGACUGUCCCUUUGGGGAUAAGGCGCUGUUGGCUAAUGCUGCAAAGCUGGAGACAAUGCGAUCCCUUUGGAUGUCUUCUUGCCCUGUGACAUUCAGAGCGUGCAAGCUGUUAGCACAAAAGAUGCCUAGGCUGAAUGUUGAGGUUAUUGACGAGAGGGGUCCGCCGGAGUCGAGGCCUGAAGAUGAGCCCGUUGAGAAACUAUAUGUAUAUCGUUCUGUUGCUGGCCCGAGGUUUGAUAUGCCCUCAUUUGUUUGGACGAUGGAUGAAGAUCAAAAGAAGAUGCGCUUUUAAGGUCUUAUUAUCAUCUGCAUAUUAUUCGUGCAAAAUAGGCAAUGCUUUCUGUGGUUGAAGAGCUUCAGAGGUCAAGGCGGGCAGCUCGGAGCGGGGAGGAGGUGAUGCUGAUGCUCUUGGAUGUGUAUUGGAGGAGGGGAUGGAGUUCUGAUGCCCAUUUCAUUUUGUACCUGGCUGAGUUUAGGCUACAGCAUUUUUAGCAACUGUUAAGAGUAAUAAAUAUUUUAAGACAGUAAUUACUUCUGUUGUAUUAUUAUUGUUUAGAGUUGCCCUGUUUUUUCAUCGGUACAUUGACUGUGUAACUAAUGUAGACCGCUCUGCAUAUGGUUAUGCAUUUGUUUGUUUGUAUGUUGGCUGGCAGGGACAAAAUAUCCCUGUAGUUCAAUAAUGUAUUUUGUUGCAUAAUAAAAAUUUAUUCAUUGGGAUACUAGGCAAAUGAGUAGCUGCUUAUUAGUGCC